AGUCCCAAGGAGGGCCAGGCACCCCAAUAAAGCCCUUAACAACACCCACAGAAGGGCCAUGAAUCAUGCCUGCCUCUUAGGCAUGCUCAAAAUGGAGGACGUUGGGGGAUUCCUCCUGGGCGAAAGAAAGGUCUCUUGUAGCCCCUUUGAGACUUAACUUGGCAGCAUGAGCUUUCCUAGACUUAAGCCUACAUCUGAGGAAGCAGACUUGAGUCUAGAAAAGAGGUUUGUUCAGAGGUUUGUCAUGGCUCUCCCUGAGGCUGAGAGAGUGUGACUUUCGGGGGUUCAUGGCUAAAGAGCCCCUUAGUAGCAGCAGCAGCAGCAGCAGCAGCAGCGAAGUCCUUCCGCAGCGGCUUCCUUCCUAAUUUUGGGCAGCAGGAAACAGCCUCCUCCUCCUCCUCCUCUUCGAGGCGGGCAUCUUGCCACCAGGGCAGCCAUUGAAGAGGAGGACAGAGGCGACCUCCUCGAGCUGGUGCUGCUGAAGGGAGCCACGAUGAUGGUGGGCCCGGGCCCUUGGGGCCGCUCUAUGGCCUCCUACCUGGCGGGGGCGCUUGUGGGCGUCCUGCUCUCGGGUUUGGCUCAGCCCCACGUUCCAGGUUUCCAGCACUGUCUGGCUGUUAUUUACAUCCUCAGCUGAGCAAGAAAAGCCAUGAUGCACAGCAAAUACGUAUCCAAACGAGAACCCUGGGAUCUGAAAAUUGAUCAGGCUUUACUACAAAUAAAUAAUGAAUUGCUCAAUGAAAACUUGACUGUCUACUGGCUCUCAGAUUAUUGUUUUCAGUGCUUGAGUCAAGAGAUGAUUUCUGUCCCCAUGAACAGUAUUGCAACUAGUCCUGUGGAUUCUCAGCAUGCAGUCACCCUUAUAGUUAAUGGUAGUAAUGGUGAAGAACUUUGCAGGACACAUUAUCAUUUUGGAGAAUUUGGAAACUAUUCCUUGGUGGUUAGGAAGCUCACCAGCAACAUCGUCCAGAUUUCAUGCAAUAUAAUUAUCAAUCAAAAUCCUUUCAACAGCUACCUCCCUAUUUUCUUUGCAUUCCUUAUUUAUGUGGUCAUUUUCAGUAUUCUGAUGCUGGGGCAAUUUUGCAUGAACAUUGAACUGAUCAGAAAUUGGCUUUACAAGAAGAUGAAUCCUAGAGAAACUGAUAGACUUAUUAAUUCAGAGCUGGGAUCCCCAAGUAGAGCAGAUUCCAUUAGCAGCGAUCUUCCAGCUGGGGUAUGGAGCAGUGCCCCUUCCUUACAGAGGCUUCGUUCUCUCGACACAUUCAGAGGGUUGGCCCUUAUAAUUAUGGUCUUUGUGAAUUAUGGCGGAGGAAAAUACUGGUUCUUCAAGCAUCAGAGCUGGAAUGGACUAACUGUAGCAGACCUUGUCUUUCCAUGGUUUGUGUUUAUCAUGGGCACCUCCAUUUCACUGUCUCUGAGUUCCAUGUUGCGACGUGGGUGUUCAAAGUGGAAACUGCUUGGAAAAAUACUGUGGCGGAGUCUCCUUCUUUUUUUGAUAGGAGUCAUAGUUGUGAAUCCAAAUUACUGCCUUGGACCUUUGUCUUGGGAAAACCUGAGAAUUCCAGGUGUCCUUCAAAGACUGGGCUGUACAUACCUUGUAGUUGCUGUCCUUGAACUCCUCUUUGCCAAACCUGUACCUGAGAACAGCAAUCCGGAGAUUCCAUGCCCUGCUUUCCAAGAUAUUCUGACUUAUUGGCCCCAGUGGCUUUUCAUGAUAGCACUCGAAGCAGUUUGGCUUUGCCUCACCUUCCUGUUAAAUGUCCCUGGAUGUCCAAAUGGUUACCUGGGCCCUGGAGGUAUAGGAGAUUUUGGAAAGUACCCUAACUGUACAGGAGGAGCAGCAGCCUAUAUUGAUCAUUUGCUCCUAGGAGAGAAACACAUCUACCAACACCCUUCUUCUAAUGUGCUUUACCAAACUACAGUGGCCUUUGACCCUGAAGGGAUUUUGGGAACAAUCAAUUCUGUCAUCAUGGCAUUUUUGGGACUUCAGGCUGGAAAAAUCCUCUUGUUUUACAAAGAUCAGCACAGACAAAUAAUGCUCCGUUUUUGCGUGUGGAGUGUAAUAAUGGGUGUUAUUUCUGCUGUGUUGACCAAAUGCUCCAAAGAUCAAGGCUUUAUUCCAGUGAAUAAGAAUUUAUGGUCAAUCUCAUAUGUGACAACACUGAGCAGUUUUGCCUUUGUUCUUCUGAUGUCAAUCUACUAUAUUGUAGAUGUUAAGAAGGUGUGGUCAGGUUCUCCAUUUUUCUUUCCUGGUAUGAACUCCAUUCUCAUCUAUGUUGGCCAUGAAAUAUUUGAAAACUACUUUCCUUUUAAAUGGAAGAUGCAAGAUGCACAAUCUCAUAGUGAACACUUGGCUCAGAACUUAAUUGCCACUUCUCUAUGGGUUUUCAUAUCCUACAUACUCUACCGGAAGAGAAUAUUCUGGAAAAUCUAACUCAAUGAGCAACAGGUCAAAGGAACUUGGGGCACUGAAGUAUCCCCACCAUACUGUUACUUUUUUUUUAAAAGGGAUCAUGUGCUUGGUUUACAUUCCAGGUCAUCUCAGAGACAUGUAUAUUUAAAGUCAUCUGAUUUGCCAAUUAGCUACAACUAGUCUUUGUUUAAAUUUUAUCUACAUGCAUUGUUCCAUUUCUAAAUAAAAAUUCUGCAUAUACCUCCUAA